AUGGACCGGAAUGUAAAAGACUCAGCUGGAUUGAACAGCUCGAGUUCUUCCAGCCGGAGUGAUGGUUUUGCAUCUGUUUCAAGUAUCAAUGUGAAGCAGCAGGCAUGUUUGGUAGAAUGGAUAAAUUCCGUUCUUCCCGACCUACAUUUUCCAGCAAAUGCUUCGGAUAAUGAGCUACGGGACAUCCUCAUUGAUGGAUCUGUUCUAUGUCGAAUAGUAAACAAGAUAAAACCUGGCUCUAUUUCUGAGCGUGACUCAAGACCAAAAGUCGAAAGAUUCUUGUCCGCUAUGGAUGAAAUGGGGUUGCCAAGGUUUCAAGUGGAUGACCUUGAAAAGGGAUCUAUGAAGAUGGUGUUGGACUGCCUCUGGACGCUGCGGAUGCAUUUCAUGAUGCGGUUUAGCAGAAUGGAUUCCAUGAACUCAGGAUGGAAAUCCGGAGGCGAUAGGGGGGGAAGUGCUAAUAGCACUCCAAAGGAGGACCGCUUCCGGAUGCUGUCUUCUCCACCUUUUGGAGAAGAUAGGCGGAAGUUAUUACCCGACACAAAAUCUGUACACGGAAUGCGCAAUAGUCCCAAAAUGACAGCCUCUGUCAUAAGUCACUCUGGCCACAAGUUUCAUGAGGUUUUUCAGCUCAAACAAGGGUCUUACGCAGACCUCCCUGCUGCAAAGAUUACAGAAAUGAUGAAAUCUAACAGCUUGGACAAUGCUCCGACUCAGUCACUGUUGAGCGUUGUCAACGGCAUAUUAGACGAGAGCGUGGAGAUGAAGAGUGGAGCAAUACCUCACAGCGUCGUUUGCCUUCUGAGGAAAGUCGUGCAGGAGAUUGAGCGUCGGAUAUGCACUCAAGCAGAGCACUUGCGCACGCAAAAUAACGUUUUCAAGGCUCGAGAAGAGAAGUACCAAUCCAGAAUUCGAGUGCUCGAAGCCCUUGCAACGGGGACUAGCGAAGAGACGCAGAUUGUCAUGAAUCAACUCAAGCAGAUUAAGAAUGAUAAGAACAAAUUUGAGGAGAAAAAGAAGGCGGACGAGCACGAGACAUGGAAACUUGUCAAAGAGAAAGAUGACCUCAAUCAAGUGGUGGCAAAUUUGAGGCAAGAGCUAAGAGGGAUGAACGACAUGACAAGUUCGGGGCAAGAUUAUAGUGAAAGAAGUGAGUUUAAUCAAGAAUCGGAAAAGACGAGGCAGGAGACUAGACGCAUUCAAGAGCACGAGGCAAUGAAAACCAGUGAGCUUGAGCAUAAACUAAAAGAAACACAAAGCUUGCUAACAGAGUCGAGAACUCGAACCACUAAACAAGAGCUUGAAGACAGACUGAAGGAGGCUGUAAGCUCGUUAGAUGAGUCGAGGUCUAGAGUAAAAGAGCUCGAGGCAACGAGAGAUGAAGUGAAGGAGCUUGAGGCUAUGGAUACAGAUGCUCGGACCACUAAACAAGAGCUUGAAGAUAGGCUGAAGGAAGCUGUAAGCUCGUUAGCUGAGUCCAGGUCCAGAGUUAAGGAGCUCGAGGAAAUGAGAGUCGAAGAAUCUCGAGUGAAGGAGCUUGAGGGUAUGGAUACAGAUGCUCGGACCACUAAACAAGAGCUUGAAGAUAAGCUGAAGGAAGCUGUGAGCUCGUUAGAUGAGUCGAGAAGUAGAGUGAAGGAACUUGAGGCAUUAUCAAAAUCAAAAUCCGAAUGGUGGAAGAAGAAAGAGCAACUUCACCAAAUCUUUACAGAUUCACAGCUUGGCGCACUACAUAUACUGAGAUUCACGUAUCAGUCGAUCCAGCAAGAAAUCGAGAAAACAGAGCUAUACUAUUCAGAAGCGCUCAGUGACUUAGGUUCAAAAAUAAAGGUUCUAGCUGAUGCAGCAAAGAACUAUCAUCCACUCCUUGCAGAAAAUCGGAAGCUGCACAAUGAGUUGCAGGAGCUAAAAGGAAAUAUUAGAGUCUACUGCCGGAUAAGACCGUUUCUCCCAGGGCAAAAGGGGAAGCAAUCAAUUAUUGAAAACAUUGGUGAAAAUGGUGAGCUAACGGUUGCCAACCCCGCCAAACCAGGGAAAGAAGGGCGCCGUUCGUUUAGGUUUGAUAAAGUGUAUGGCCUAUCAUCAACUCAAGCUCAAGUUUUUGCAGAUACUCAGCCAUUGAUACAAUCUGUUCUUGAUGGAUUUAAUGUGUGCAUUUUUGCCUAUGGUCAGACUGGUUCGGGGAAAACAUACACGAUGACUGGUCCAGAUGGAGCAAGUGAGGAUGAAUGGGGGGUCAACUAUCGAGCGUUGAAGAACCUGUUCACCAUCACACAAGAUCGGGGGACCAUCUUUAAAUACGAGGUUUCUGUUCAGAUGGUGGAGAUAUACAACGAACAAGUCCGCGAUUUGCUCUCCAAUGACGGCCAAAAAAAACUUGGGAUCUUGACUAGCUCCCAACCGAACGGGCUGGCCGUCCCGGAUGCAAACAUUCAGCAAGUCAACACGUCCGAAGAAGUUAUGAAACUGAUGGAUAUUGGACUGCAGAAUAGAGCUAAAAGCGCCACAGCCAUGAACGAAAGAAGCAGUCGAUCACACAGUAUUGUCUCAAUUCACACGCGAGGAACGGAAUUGAAGAGCGGUUCAUCUCUACGAGGCAGUCUUCAUUUGGUAGAUCUUGCAGGGAGCGAAAGAGUAGACCGCUCAGAGGUGACGGGAGACAGGCUUAAAGAGGCGCAACAUAUCAACAAAUCGCUAUCUGCCCUCGGUGAUGUCGUCUUUGCUCUGUCGCAGAAGUCUGCUCAUGUUCCUUACCGCAACAGCAAGCUCACUCAAGUCCUUCAGAGCUCAUUAGGUGGCCAUGCAAAGACCCUGAUGUUUGUACAGCUUAAUCCCGAUGCUACUUCUUUUAGUGAAACGUUGAGUACCUUAAAAUUUGCUGAGAGGGUGUCGGGAGUCGAGUUGGGUGCAGCAAAGAGCAGCAGAGACAGCAAAGAAGUACGCGAAUUGACGGAUCAGAUUGCAACUCUUAAAGAGAGUUUAGCUAAGAAAGACGAGGAGUUAGGGGCGCUGCAGAAGCCGCUUAGAGAUCCAAAAAUAGGAGUUUCUGGAGAGAGAAGGGGUCCUAGAUCAAUGAGGUAA